AUGUUGCUAACUACCCCGAUGAGACGUCAACUGACAAAUUUAGUCACGAAACCGUCGUUGAAAAGAUUAGCAGGCUCUUCCAUUACCGCAAGACGUCUUUACGCAAAACCUACACCAACCUCUCCUCCUCCUCCAAAGGAUGAAAAUGGGACUCCAUGGUUGGGUUACUUCUUCACAACUACCAUCGCCGCCUCCCUAGGUUACAUCAUGGCAACCACUUUAACUUUUGAAAAAGAUAAGACAAUCUCAUCUCUUAUCCCCAAUCCAUCCCUGGCAAACGCCAUUGAAAAUGAAGCUCGUUCCACGGCUCCAUUGGACUCCUUACAACCACCAAACUAUAUUCAAGACGAGGAAAAGAUUCAAGCAGUACUGAAACAAUUACAAAGUGUAUUGGGUAACAAUCCAGAAAAUUACUCCAUGCAUGAAGGUGAAUUAAACUCCCAUUCAGACACAGAGUUCAAUACACAUCAUCCUAACGACGAUCAAAGACCACGUAUUAUCCUAUUCCCUCACAACACUGAGGAAAUCUCCCAAUUAUUGAAAAUAUGUAACGAAAAUGACGUUCCAGUGGUGCCCUUCUCAGGGGGGACCUCUUUGGAAGGUCAUUUUAUUCCAACUAGAAGAAAUUGUACUGUAACCAUUGAUAUCUCCAAAUAUAUGAACCAAAUUAUUAAAUUGAAUAAGAAAGAUUUGGACGUCGUCGUGCAAGGUGGGGUUGAAUGGGAAGAAUUGAACGAGUUCUUGAAGGAUGAAGGUCUCAUGUUUGGUUGUGAUCCUGGUCCAGGUGCUCAAAUUGCUGGGUGUGUCGCUGAUUCAUGUUCAGGGACAAACGCAUACAGAUACGGGACCAUGAAGGAACAAGUUGUUAAUUUGACCGUUGUAUUACCUGACGGAACAAUUGUUAAGACAAAGGGUAGACCAAGAAAAUCAAGCGCUGGUUAUAAUUUGAACGGGUUAUUUACUGGUAGUGAAGGUACUUUAGGGAUCAUGACUGAAGUCACUGUGAAGUGUCAUGUCAUUCCUAAAUUUGAAACUGUCGCCGUCGUUGCAUUCCCCACCGUGGGGGAUGCCGCUGAAUGUGUCUCCAAUGUCAUCCAAAGUGGAAUUCAAUUGACCGCUAUGGAACUGUUAGAUAAUAAUAUGAUGCAUUUGAUUAACAAAGGUGGAGCUACUUCAAGAACUGACUGGAUUGAAAAACCAACUGUUUUCUUCAGAAUCGGGGGUCAUACUCAAAAGACCAUUGAUGAUUUAGUCUCAGAAGUGGAAAAAUUAGCUAAGAGUAAUAAAUGUCAAAAUUUCGAAUUCGCAAAGGAUGAAGAUGAAAAAGUGGAAUUAUGGGAAGCUAGAAAAGUCGCCUUAUGGUCAGUCUUGGAUGCUGGUAGAAACACUGAUCCAAAGGCAAGAGUUUGGACUACCGAUGUGGCUGUACCUUUAUCUCAAUUACCACAAACUAUUGAAAAGACCAAGCAAGAAAUGGAUAAAUCCAAGUUGAUUAAUGCUAUCGUGGGUCACGUUGGUGAUGGUAACUUCCAUAGUUUCAUCAUCUACCGUAACGCAGACGAAAGAAAGAAAUGUGAAAAACUAGUCGAAAAUAUGGUUCAUAGAGCCUUAGAAGUCGAAGGGACUUGUACUGGUGAACAUGGUGUCGGUAUUGGGAAGAGAGAAUUCAUGUUGAGUGAAUUAGGUCAAACUCCAGUUGAUUUGAUGAGAAAGGUUAAAUUGGCCAUCGAUCCAAAGAGAAUCAUGAACCCCGAUAAAAUCUUCAAGAUUGAUCCUAAGGAACCAUCUGAUGAUUACGUGUAA